AUGAGUGUCACAUUACUGCACAGAGCCGUGCCAUCUUUACGGACGCCUACCUGGCAAGCCAUUCGCCGACAACAACAACGAGCAGUCUCAACGACGGAACUCAGCAAUGGCAUCAAAAUCGCCUACGACUUGUAUGAGCCUAAUGCGAAAAAGGCCAUUGGCGGUAGCCCAAUCGUCUUCAUUCAUGGUCUAUUCGGCUCCAAGCGAAAUAACAGGAGCAUGAGUAAAGUCCUGGUCCGAGACCUGAACCGUCCCGUCUAUGCUAUCGAUACGCGCAAUCAUGGCGAAUCCUCACACACGCUAGUACAUACUUACACUGCGAUCGCCGAAGACGUCGAGCUCUUUAUCGCCGAACACCGCCUCGAAUCCGUUACUCUUAUCGGGCACUCCAUGGGCGCCAAAACCGCAAUAACGAUCGCUCUCCGCCAAGGGCAACGCGAAAGUAAGAUCGGACCCAAGACCAUCGCUAACGUGAUCCCCGUGGACAACGCGCCCGUCGACGCGGCAUUGCUCUCGUCCUUUGCGAAAUACAUACUCGGUAUGCGACGUAUUGAGGAUGCACGGGUGACGAGCCUCGACGCAGCGGACAAAAUUCUCCAGGAGUUGGAGGAUAGCUUGCCAGUGCGGCAGUUUCUCUUGACGAAUCUCGUUCGGGAGAUGGAUCACCCCGAGGAUACUAAUACGCGGAAAUGGCGGAUCCCAUUGAAAUACUUGUGGCCGGCACUCAAUGCGAUGGGGGAUUUCCCGUUCUCGGAUCCGGAUGCUAUACGAUGGGAGGGACCGGCUUUGUUCGUCCGCGGUACACAGAGUCCCUAUAUAGCGGAUGAGAUGUUGCCGACGAUCGGUAGAUUCUUCCCGGGAUUUCGAUUAGUAGAUGUGGAAGCGGGUCAUUGGGUGAUCAGUGAAAAGCCGGAGGAGUUCCGUGAAGCUGUGGUCGACUUUCUGCAAGAUAAGGCGUGA